CUGCGUACAGCAGAUCUUCUGAAUGGUCAGCAAAGCAGUCGUUCCACACGACACCACAUAUUUAUCGUCCAGGUGCGCUCCAUGGGCCGAGAGCCUGCUCACUGCUUCUUCUGCGUUCAUCCACUUUCAAGGCAGCAUCUGGAGCCUUGUCGGUGGCUGCAGACGUCACAGUUCCUUAGGCAUUGAUGACCACACCCACUUGCGAACAAUGGCCCCAAUACCAGACGCCAUCGACACGGAGGCCAACACCACGAACCAGCCUAGCUCCGCACCUGCAGGGCUGUCGACUUCAGAUGUUGUCGGAAUCGCGGUCGGUGUGCCUACGGCCGUGCUCGCACUAAUGGGACUCGUUAUUGCGACACUGGCCUGGAAAUAUCCAAAAGGAUCUGCUGCCAAGAUCCAAAACGCAAUCCUGCGUCGGCCAAAGCAGAUUGGCACCAGCUGGAACUCGAACGUGAUGUACGGUGGAAAACAAAAGGCGAAAAACAUGACAUUCGAAAGCAUCGGAGAUAUGGAAUCCCCCAUUCAGACACGGAUGAACAUAUCAACUGCAACAACAGAUAAUGCUGAGCAUGUUGGCGAUACUUUUAAUUCCAAUGUGUUGCAUGAGGGAGCAAAGCAGGAGAUUGACUCGAUGACAUUUGGAACUUGGAAUGCAAAUACAAAGGCAUGAAAAAGGCAGAGCGCACUCUUUUGGAAAGGGAACAGAUCGGUUGUACUCAUAAAAGUUUCUCAUUUUUAUAUUGCAUUGGUUCGGA